CGGCCCAGUCAUCGCUAACUCUUGCCUAUACUGAACGGGCAGGUGGGGUUUUGUAUCACCGGCGGGGUGUUUGUGCUUGUCUUAGACAAGUGCCCCUCCAUCAAAUAAGACGGCAUCGUGAGAAAUCACUAGAUGGAAAUUUUCUAGAAAGUUAUACAAGGCGGGAAAAGUUGCUGAGCACACCCACAGAACACAAAAAUAUUAUAAGCCACCUCCCCGAAUACUCGAAAACAAGCACCAAGUUGUACCUCCUCAUCUCAAGAUAGUUGUGUCAUCUAAACACGGCUACUUGUAACAUCCUUUCUCGGCGUCGUCAAUUUCAUCUGUGACGAUGGCCCCUCGCGCUGACUUCCCGCCUGUGCGGGCAUGCCUCUUUGAUAUGGAUGGCCUACUACUUGACACCGAAGAUAUCUACACUUCGUGCCUCAACAUCAUACUCGAGAAGUACGGGCGACCAAAUCUUCCCUGGUCAAUCAAGGCACGUCUCCAAGGACGACCCGGACCCGAUGCCAACGCUCUUCUUCACGAGUGGGCCAAGCUACCUAUUUCUGAGGCGGAAUACUUGGUCCAGUACUCUGCUUUACAACUGAAGCACUUCCCGGAGGCUAAACCACUACCGGGUGUCGAGGAGCUUCUGGCCAACCUGGACCAAACUCGUUGCUUCGAGAAGCCGAAUGCUCAAGGGCCGGGCCACCGAGUCCACAUCGCGCUUGCCACUAGCAGCAACUCUGCAAACUUUGCUGUGAAGACAACGAACUGGACCGAGCUGUUUUCUGUCUUCGAGUCUCAUCGCCGCGUUCUUGGUGAUGACCCCCGCAUCGAGCGCGGUCGCGGAAAACCAAUGCCCGAUAUCUACCUCCUAGCUCUCAAGACUAUCAACGACAGCCUGCCUGAGGGAGAGACGCCCAUCAAGCCAGAAGAAUGCCUAGUCUUUGAAGAUAGCGUACCAGGUGUGGAGGCUGGCCGGAGAGCCGGCAUGCGUGUUGUGUGGGCUCCGCAUCCUAUGCUGAAAAAAGAGUACGAAGGUCGCGAGAAAGAUAUACUGGCAGGACGUAUGGGGGAGGCAGGCUCGGUCGACCUUCAUCAACUCGGCCAACAUGACGAUGGUUGGGCCGAUUACUAUCCGGACCUCACAAAUUUCCCAUAUGACAAGUAUGGAAUCGUUGUGCCUCCCACCGAGUUAAAUUAGACCCUCAAUGAAAAAAAGACACCGAGUAGACCGUACUCCAAUCCCCCCGAUAUGCCGCAGUCAAUCCGUCGAACGGCGAAUAGCAUGACCUAGAUAUUAGAUGGAAUUUCUACCUCGGAAGCAA